AUGGCUGCAUCUAGAAAAACAAGAACUAUGUUUGAAGAUCUGGUAAAAGACGGAUCACUUAAAUGGUUGCUUGGUAAGAAGAGUUCUUUCGAUGAAGAAUUUGAGGAGAUGGAAAAUUCACCUUCUGCUGGGAAGAAUUUUAUACGCGAGCUUUCUCCAGUUGCAAACCUAGUAGUACGUAGAUGUUCAAAAAUCCUUAAGACCACUUCAAGUGAUCUUCAGGAGAGCUUCAAUCACGAGGCAUCUGAUUCCAUAAAGAUUCCAUCACGAUAUGCGAGGAACUUACUGGAGUAUUGUUGUUUCAAAGCACUUUCAUUGAGAGCACAAAUGUCUGGUCAUCUACUUGAUAAAACAUUCCGGCGCUUGACGUACGACAUGAUGUUAGCUUGGGAGGUCCCAGCUGCCACUAGCCAACCUCUGAUUAAUAAGGUUGAUGAAGAAGUGUCUGUUGGAUUAGAAGCUUUUUGUCGAAUUGCUCCUGCAGUUCCCAUCAUUGCCAAUGUCAUCAUUUGCGAAAAUCUUUUUGAGGUGCUGAGUUCGUCAACUGGCGGUCGCCUUCUGUUCUCUGUCUAUGACAAGUACCUCAGUGGGAUAGAAAAAGCAAUAAAAAAAAUGAAGAGCAAUUCAGAGUCGUCUCUUCUUUCUGCUAUAAGACUGAAUAGGUGUGAGAAGAUUCUUGAAGUUGAUGGAACCGUCACAACACAGCCAGUUCUUGAGCAUGUAGGGAUUUCCACCUGGCCUGGACGGUUAAUCUUGACAGAUCAUGCACUUUAUUUUGAAGAACUUCGUGUUGUAUCAUAUGACAAACCAAAAAGAUAUGAUUUAUCUGAUGAUCUAGACCAAGUUGUUAAACCCGAGUUAACUGGACCAUGGGGUACUCGACUUUUUGACAAAGCAGUAUUCUAUAGUUCAACAGUCUUAUCAGAACCAGCCGUACUAGAAUUUCCAGAGCUUAAAGGUCACGCUCGUCGUGAUUAUUGGCUAGCUAUCAUCAGAGAGAUUCUCUGUGCUCACAAAUUCAUAAGCAAGUACGGACUUAAAGGGGUUGCACGGGACGAAGCAAUUUGGAAGGCUGUUUUAGGAAUUUUGCGUUUACAAGCAAUCCAAGAUAUUAGUUCUUUGGGCCCUAUAGAGAAUAAUUCUCUUCUCAUGUUCAAUUUAUGUGAUCAGCUUCCAGGAGGAGAUUUGAUAUUAGAAACCCUUGUAAAUAUGUCGAACUCAAGGGAGUCGGAUCGCGUGAAUGAUUCCAAACCUGAAAAUGAAAUGUAUUCUAUCUCGGUCUUAGACAUGGUUUCAAACCUAGGAUUCGUUUUUGGAACAAGUUCAAACGAGAGCAGAAUUGCUGUAGGUGAAAUAACUGUUGGAGAAAUGACUCCAUUGGAAAGAGUGGUUAAAGAAUCUAAGAACAAUUAUAAAAAAGUCGUAUCCGCACAGGCAACCGUUGACGGUGUUAAAGUUGAUGGCAUUGACACUAAUUUGGUUGUCAUGAAGGAAUUACUUUAUCCUCUAGAUGAACUUAGGAAGUCUCUUCAAUCUUUGGCAUAUUGGGAUGAUCCAUUGAAGUCUUCUGGGUUUUGUUUGUUCUUCGGUUACAUUAUCUGGAGGGGUUGGCUUGGCUAUGCAGCAGCACUAUUCCUUGUGUUCCUUUCAAUUUUUAUGAUACUUACCAAAUGUUUUAAUCAAGGUAGGCCUGUAACCGAAAUCAAAGUAGUAGCACCUCCACCAAUGAAUACAAUGGAACAGCUUUUAGCUGUUCAGAAUGCCGUCUCUCAAGCCGAACAGCUCAUACAAGACGGUAACAUAUUUCUUCUCAAAAUCCGCGGCUUGUUAUUCUCCAUUUUUCCUCAGGCUACAGAGAAGAUGGCAUUUGGUCUUGUAUCAGCUGCAUUGGUGUUGGCUUUCUUACCUUGUAAAUACGUAGUUCUUCUAUUGUUCUUGGGCACAUUUACGAUGUAUUCACCUCCGAGGAAAGCUAGCACUGAGAAAUGGGAGAGAAGAUUAAGGGAAUGGUGGUUCAGCAUACCAGCCGCCCCGGUUAAACUCGAAAGAGAUAAAGAGGACAAGAAGAGAAAAUGA